GCCGUAUGAUUACUUCGAUAAAUAUACUUUUUUAUGCGAAAUGUAUGACGAAGAUGCCGAUGAAAUCAUAGAACUCACCUUGAUUUUUUUCCCCUUUGAUAACUCUGUUCAAGUAAUCAAUGCUGGAAAGGGCAAGACGUUACUUAAACGCGUACAACUACCCACUUUGAAGUUAAACAUGUUACAAAUAGGGAACAUAGUGAAUAUUUUUUCAAAACUACUUCACAUCAUUGAUUGUGCACCAGCUACCCGGCAUACAUUAUUUAAAAAUGAAGAAAGUACGUUUGCACUUAUUAAGCCAAUACCUCCAAGUGAACAUGGUAAAAUAAUAACAUACAUCAUGCAAAAAGGAUUUCGUAUUGUGCGCAUGAAAAAUGGCAAACUAGGCAAAGAAUUCGCAAUGGAACUAUAUAAAAGUAUCGCUGGAAAUAGUAUGCUGCCCAUUAUCAUCGAUUACGUGACGUCGGGGGAGGUAAUAGGACUUGAACUCGUAGCUUCCGACGCCGUCAAAAAAUGGCGGCAGUGCCUUGGCGCCACUGACCCCGCUGAGGCAGCUCCCGGUACUCUUCGCAAGUUGUAUGGAGAAAAUAAAUUAAGAAACACGGCACAUGGUUGUAACACUUUAGAAGAUGCAAUUGAGAUGCUAGAGCUAUUUUUUGGCUAUGAGAAAGGAGUGCCUAGAAUUCCUUUUCGUGCAACAUUCAAAGACUGCACAUGCUGUAUUAUCAAACCUCACGCCAUUAUAGAUGGCAACGUAGGAGCCAUCUUGGAACAAAUAUCUACAUCUGGGAAGUUUUAUAUAUCUGCAAUGGCCAUGUUUUCUGUAAAAUUAGCUAAUGCUGAAGAAUUUUACGAGAUAUACAAAGGUGUUUUGCCGGAAUAUGAGGCAAUGUGCAUUCAUCUGGCAGAAGGUAAAUGCAUUGCGUUAGAAGUAAAAUGCAAUGACCCGACUUUAAAUUGUGUCUGUAAGUUCAGAGAGAUAUGUGGUCCUAGGGAUCCGGAUCUAUGUCGUCAACUAUAUCCUAAUUCUAUAAGGGCGCAAUAUGGGAAAAAUAUUGUCCAUAAUGCAGUCCAUUGUACGGAUCUUCCUGAAGAUGGCGACCUUGAAGUAGAAUAUUUCUUCAAACUCCUUGCCAAUGAUUGA